AUGUCUGCGGUGGUGGUGAGUUUCCUGGCAUUGCUGCUUAUCGGUGCAUCUAUCAAGGUCAACGGAAGCGAGCACUCUGGCGCGCGUGUCGACGAUGCCGCAAACAUUAAAACUGAUCUCGCGGAAGCAAUUGCCCAGAACAAUAGCCGUGCUACAUUUCAAGAUCCCACAGUGAACUCCACAGGCUUUUCCGCCUUCAUUCAGCAGCUGUACAACACGAACCGGCCAUCCAACGGAUCUUCCGUGUCAUCCUGGAAGCCAUUUGGCUUACCUCCACUCAUCAACACGUCCUUGAUCGUGGUGAAACCCGAUGAAACAGCGGCCCACGAUGAAUCACAAUCGUCGUCGCCAGGGCCCAUUACCCAGGGUCUCAGCAAUUUUCUUCUAGUGCUCUCCAACCUAUCCAACCGUCCGCUCAGCGAUCAGUCGGUGGCAAGCAAUGCAGGGGGAGCCAUUAGUGGUGGCAUUGCUGCUGUACAGGAGACGGUAUCUCAGCUUGGAAGUUCGAUCCAGAAUGGCUUAAACUCGGCAUUCAGUAAUAAUCAGGCUAAUGGAGUUUCUGCCUCGACCAGCUGGAAUCCAGUGCGUCCGAUUUCUAGUGCUGUUGGGUCGGUAUCAGUUAAUAAGCCAUCCUAUUGUCCAUCGUCUUGCACCAUGCUAUGUGGCAUACCGCAACGGUCUGCCUCACUUCGAAUCGUGGGAGGAACGGAGGUAACGCCUGCAAACAAGUACCCUUGGAUUGCCUUGCUGCAGUAUUACGACCAGAAUGUUGGAACUGGCACGCUGAUCAACGAUCGAGUCGUGCUGACCUCCGGUACCGUCGUUUCAAACAUGGUGAUUUUCAAGCAAAUCAAAGUCAUUUUCGGAGUCUUCGAUCCCAAAUCCACCAGCGAAGGAUCAAGCAGAAAGGUGUACACGGUCACCAAAGCUAAGCUGCACCCGCAGUACAGCGAUGCGAAUGUGCUCGACUACAACAUUGGCCUGCUGCAGCUAGCAACUCCAGUAGUGAUCACCGAAAGCUUCAUGCCCAUCUGUUUACCCAACGCCGUGGAAACCUUUGCGGAUACGGAAGGACUAUUGGCCGGUUGGGGCGCACGUGAGCUCGACGGGGAACCUUGGAAAUCGCUUCAGGAAGUUACGAUCCCUCUUUACUCGAUGGAUGAGUGUCGCGUUGCCUAUCCAAACUCGACUGAGGACAACAUCUGCGGAGGCGUGUUUGACCCGGCUCCGAAGGAUCAGCACAAAGUUGCCUGUGAUGGCGACGGAGGGACUGGUCUAAUGUAUCGCUGGAUGAACGACUCGCCGCUGCUUACUCUCGCUGGAAUUACCAUAAACAUUCCUGGCGUCGGUUGUGGGAGAGCGAAACAGCCAGUGAUAUUCACCAAGCUGUAUAGAUACAUUCCAUGGGUGCAAAGUCAAGCGACAGGGUGCUAUUGCAAAUCAUAG